AUGGACAUGCCAUCCAGAUCUGGCAUCAGUUUCAAUGCCGCCAUCAGCACCUGUGCGAAAGCUGCGCAGUGGACAAGAGGGGUGCAGCUUCUGGCAGAGACGAGCGAAGCCAACAUCCAUCCGAAUGCCAUUGGCUUUAACGCUACCAUCGAUGGUUGCGCAAAGGUUGGCCAGUGGCGGGUGGCCGUGUCGUUGCUUUCUGCCAUGGAGGCCGCUCAGGUUGCCGCUGAUUCUGUGAGUUUCAGCGCAGCCCUCAGCGCUUGCGAGAGGGCCAGCUGCUGGGAGAUGGGUCUCGCGCUGCUUUCCCAGAUGGAGGAGGCCAGUUUCACUGCGGACAGCAUUACCUGCGCUGCCGCUAUCAGCGCAUGCGAGAAGGGCAGCCAGUGGCAGUUGGGCCUUGGGUUGCUUGGGUCUUUGCCGUCCAGACGGUUGCUUGCGGAUGUGGUUUGCUUCAAUGCCGCUCUCAGUGCAUGUGAGAAGGCUGCGCAGUGGCCCAUGGCGCUGCAAAUCCUUCAUGACAUGUUCGCUAUGCGGCAGCUGGCGGAUCAGGUCACUUUCAACGCGGCGAUGAGCGCAUGCCAGCAAGGAGGGAAGUGGCGGCGAGUACUGAGCCUGCUUGCCGUGAUGCCUGCAACGAGGGUGAAGGCAGAUGCCAUCGGUUACCAUGUCGCCGUUAGCGCCUCCCUGAGGGCAGGUGGCUGGCGGGUGACCCUACAGCUGCUUUCCGACGUGAGGGCAACAGAGGUCGGAGCUUCUGAGGUCUCCUUGGCCGUGGCUUCAGGUGCCUUUGAGAGGGCACAGCAGGGGCGUUGGCUCCUGCAGACGUUGAUGGAGAUGUCUCGAAGAAUUGAGAGCUCACUGUUUGGGGUUUAG